GGCCGCAGUGCUUGCUGGGAACGCGCUGCCUGUCCGUCCGCGGCGGCGUUUGCCGGCCGAUAGAAGGAGCCGGUUUGUCCAGGCUGCAGCGAUGCUGCUUUUCUGCCCGGGCUGCGGGAACGGACUGAUUGUGGAGGAGGGGCAGCGCUGCCAUCGCUUCGCCUGCAACACCUGCCCCUACGUGCACAACAUCACACGCAAGGUAACAAACCGAAAGUAUCCAAAGCUAAAAGAAGUGGACGAUGUGCUUGGUGGGGCAGCUGCCUGGGAGAACGUGGACUCCACUGCAGAGCCAUGUCCGAAAUGUGAGCAUCCCCGUGCCUACUUCAUGCAGCUUCAGACCCGUUCGGCAGACGAGCCAAUGACCACCUUCUACAAGUGCUGCAACGCUCAGUGCGGGCAUCGAUGGAGGGACUGAGGGCAUGAGGUCUUAGCUGUGUGAUCGGAAGGUAGAGAACCAGGGUAAACGUAGCCCGCCUGCCAGUCAGCAGGCGCAUGGGAGGUACACAUAAGGAUGCUCACCUGGAUUCAAGUCAGGGUUAGGGUUCCUUACUUCCAUUAGAACUGGGAACUCACUGUAGACCAGGCUGGCCUUGAACUAAGGGAUAUGCCUGCCUUCGA